CUUGUUACCCGCACCCCCCUCCCUCCCAGCGAGCGAGGGUGCGGGUGACCCAAUGGUCAUGGCUGGGCUGGAUAGUGGAGGACGGGGCGAGGAGAUGGUGAUGGUGAUGGUGAUGAGGCAUGAGCCAUGAAUGCGGCUGAGCCGGGAGUGGGAGGGAGCAGGAGCGGGGAGGGGAGGGCAAUUGGGCUGCUACCGCUACUGGGCCAGCCGAUGGCGAUGCAUUUGCCUGCCUUGCCUGCCUGGCUUGGACUGUUGUGUCUCUGAGGAGGAGGGGGAGAGAGAUCCCCCCUCCCCCCCUUCCCACUUCCCCACUUUCAUUUGCCGGUCUGCUCGUGGCGAGCCUCGGCUCAAGGUUCAUGCCUGCGUUGGUUGCUGCUGGACAGUGACCCUACCUUUUCUCCCUUCCUUUCUCCGCCCCCCCACCCUCCCCUCCUCCGCUGUAGCAGAUCCACCUGCUGGUGCGUGCGCACCAAAAGCAGAGCCGUCUUUUCUCCCUUGCAGGAUUUGGCUGUCCUCUGGACGCGGCAUAAGCAGGCUUCUCUUUAUUUCAGGGCCUACGUUUGACUGCCGGAUCUUUCUCUGGGACAUGUUGUGUGGUGUGUAGGCGGCUUGUCCCUUUCGGGUGCAAUGGAGCGAUAGUGUGCAUGGGGGGUAGCCCAGAGCUAGGAGGGCGAUUGCUUUGUAAGGCAAGGAGGGAGAAUCGUGAUGGUGGAGGAAGCAGCGUGAGGAGAAGGGGGCGGCGGGGUGUGGCGUGCGUCGAAAGGGUUGAGAAGUUUCGUAGUGGGAGGUGUUCGAGGGUUGGCGAGUCUUUUGGUGUUUAUGUGGUGUGUCUGAGAGUUGGUGACGGUGUGUUUCUGCGGGGUUGUACUCCAGAGGCGUAGUUUGUGGUUCGAACGGAAAAAAAUUGUGCGGUAAUCUGUUCUGGUCUUCUUUGUUGAAGCAGCAGACGGCAAUCGGGCGCAGUGGUCAUUGCAGGUGAACUUGCCUGGAAGUCGUAAGCCCCAGAGCAUGGGAUGGGUGAUUUAGCGAGUAUGACUAGCUGAAACUGGACAAAGAUUUCACAGGCAGACCAGAGAGGCUGCCUUUGGUUUCCAUUUUGGUGGCAUCUGGUUCAAAAGAGUGUUAAUUCUAUUCAGAGCUUCCUCUAUGGAAGCGUUAGCGGAAUGAUAGGCACUGUGGACUGAAACUAUCCAUUGGGGCUAGCUUUUUUUUGGCUCUGCUCUCGUGCAAUAUUGCUGGAAUUAGAUCGAUUAAAAUCUUGAAGAAGAUGGAGGAGGGUAUGGAUCCAAGAAGAGGACCUCCUCUUCUAGGGGGGAACCGAUGGGCCUCUGGAGAUGUGUAUCAUCUGGGCAGUAGUAGUGGAGAUGGUGGACCUAACAGUGUAAAUACAAGGAUCAGAUUUGAGGAUCCUGGAGAGUCAUCUGCAGGGAUGACGAUAUGUCACCAAGAAACGGGAAAAGGUCCCGAGAGUAGUAGGCCACCCGUGCGUAAGCCCUCCCAAGUGUCACCAAAGCUUGUUGCUGCGCGGUCUUCUGGGUCUCGUAGAGUUCAGAGAUCACAUCAGGGAACCAUUCAAGGACAAUGGAGCGCCUUACAUGGUUUCGUGGAUGGGCUUAAUGAGGCUGGGUCAGAAUCAAUGGGCAUAGAUGAUGAUGGGCAUCUUGGAAUGGGGCUCAGUACUCAUCUUGGUAUUUCGGAGGAGAUCAUUGUACAUCCAGCUCACGUGCAGUCACUCCCUAACUCUGAAUUUAUGGGGAGAACCGAUCAAUCAGGGCUCAACACUUUAGAUUUUCUGUCAGGUAGAAGCUCGAUGCAGGCAAGCGGUGUCCCUGCUUAUUUUGGAGGAAGGACAGGGGAACAUAUAGGAGAAAACAAAAAUGUUCGGAUCGGGUCCUCUGAAUUACCUUCAAUUGGGACUAGACAACUUGAAGCAAGCGCCGGUGGGUGGUUUUCUGGUGGCACAAAUAGUCUGGAAGAGCGAACAGUGGAUGGCAGUGGAAAUGCGGUUUUCAAUUCUUUGUUUAUGGAUCGGCAUGAUAUGGCAGACAAUGCGAGGAAUGCAAUGGACGAGCGACGAGGUGAAAAUGGGAUUGGAAGUAUGAUGGCGAAUUCUCUUUUCAUGGACCGUUCCGAUUAUCGUGACGAUGCACAGGCACAAGGUAGCAUCAACAACCUGAUUGGUGCAACAGAGGUCUACUUGCCAGCUGGAAGUAUUAGUGAAGCUCUAGUGGAUGAAUCAGUUGGUUGCAGCAAUGACAAUCGACAGUACAGUGUGGGCAGACAUUCUUUGUUUGGCGGGGCAGGAGGUAAUCCUUUGGAAAGCUCGUCAGGCAGUAAUAUACAUAUGGGUAGCAGCUCCAGAAGCUCAGCAUGCAAGAGGAAGAGCUGUACACCGGGGGUUCCGGGUAACAUGUCUUGCCGAAUUAGUUCUCCUCACAGAACUGGGCAUCGGGAUGGGUACAGUGGGCGAACGGAAGGUAGGUAUGGACUGAGCUGGCGCACGUCAAGUAUUGGUGGCUCAAGUAGUGCCCCUGAAUCUGUGGGUCCUAGCUCUUCCCCUUCUGAUGCAGUUUAUCUGGGGCGACAUGUCGAACCAUUCACGAUGUCGUCUGGAUUGGAUGAACCUCGGUGGAGCAACUUCUUGAGAGAACCAACUGAAUCCUCAAGGGAAGGACGUUAUGGAAAGUCGGUGGCGGGCAGCAGCAAUGAAACUACAAAUUCUCAGAGAAUUACUCGAUCUGGAACCAGUGGAGUGGUGCUGAACAAUCCUGGAGCUAACAACUCUCCCUUUACUCGAGCACUGCGGCGGGCAGCGCCCUCGCACGACAACCUUCUUAGACGCCCUUCUGUUCCUGAUACUUCUAUGGAUGCAGAUGUCGGAGUGUCUAAUAGUUCCCUGUUGGAGCACAUGCUGAGUGGAAACCAGUCUCGAAGAGGCGAUAGCCCUCAACUCGUAGGCGGAAGAGUUGGAGGUUCUGGAUCACCUCGACGUAGUGAAGCUCCUUUUGGUACGAGCAGUGCAGGAGAUCGGGUUAUCCAGAGGUACUUGGGAAAUAGCUCACGAGGUUUGUUAAACAGUGGACCUAGUGGCAGUCCAGUGGGUGGAACUGCUGCUUCGGAAGGUCGGCUGCGCAGUCGUGUACUGAGUCAUCACUCAGAGCAAAUGUCUCAGUCCUCACCUCCAGCAUCUCAACCUGUAUCGCUUACAAUGCAGACUGCUCUACAUGCAGCGUCUCCAUCUGCACCUUCUACAUCAAGGCCGCCUCCACAUCCUCCAUCACUUCGUGGCAGGCUUCAGGGCAGCAGCUUACAGUCUCUGCUACCACCUCCAUCGCCUUCGGGGCCUGCACCUUCCCGCUUGCCCCCAUCUCCAUCUUCGUUGAAUCCUUUAUCUUUUUCACCUUCCACCGAUUCUUUACCGUCACCCUCCAACCUGUUCCGAGGUUCAUUGUUGCACGGGGCAUUCCCAUCUGGGUUGCGUGAGCGGGGAUUUGUGUCAGCAGAGGGAAGUCUACUCGGAAUGCCUUUCAGGGGGUUGCAGAUGUCUGCAGUGGAAGGGGGACCACAACCACGGCUUAUGGCCGAGGGACUUGCCGAGAUUCUUUUCGCACUUGAGCGUGUUGAAAGAGAUGAGGAUCUAACAUAUGAGCAACUCCUGAUGCUGGAGGCAACGCUAUUGUUUGGAGGAAUGGGUCUUCACGACCAGCACAGUGAUCUGCGGCUUGAUGUGGACAAUAUGUCCUACGAGGAGCUCCUUGCUUUGGAGGAAAGAAUAGGCAACGUGAGCACUGGAGUGAGUUCUGAGGCGAUGGCGCAAAAACUAAAGAAGACACGGUAUUCCUCACUAGAUGCUGUCGUGGCGCGGUAUUCACAAGAAAGCGACAUCAAGUGCAGCAUUUGUCAGGAGGAGUAUGAGGAAGGUGAUGAAUUGGGAAAGAUCGAAUGUGGGCAUGGAUAUCAUUCGCAGUGCAUUCAGCAAUGGCUUGUGCAAAAGAACCAGUGUCCUAUUUGCAAGGCCACUGCAUUGGCGUAGAUGUAUUGGUAUGAAAUGUUAGUACGGUUUUGAUAUUCCUCUGCCUCAUGGUCUUAAUCCUAACCAUUCUGGCAGAGAUGAAGCAAGCUUAUAAUAUUAUCUAGUACAUUGGCCAGUGUUAGAAAUUGCUUUAAUGUAAUGCCGUUACCACCUAUUGAACUUGUGUUCUCCUUUCCACAAUGUUGCGUUUUUGUCGCACUUGAGAAUUCACCCUUUCUAGCAUUUGGCACCAGGGUAGUUCGUCACUGAAAGCAUGGUGGCGACGAAGUCUUGCAGUGUUGGUAGAAAAUUGCAUGUAAAAUCUGCUUUUACAUAGCACAAUCAUGUCAUAGCACAAUAUAGUUGUGCACAUCAUGUUAAUUGGUUAGGUGGUUAUUAUUAUUAUUAUUAUUAUUAUUAUUUUUUCUCAA